CAUGCCUCCCUCCUCGUGUUGGCCUGGUCCGCUCUCGGGCUUCCUCCGGCCUGGAUUUUGUUGCUUCUCUGUUGCAUUUUGCCUUUUUUUCUUCCUCCAUGUCGCAGAUUUCGUCGCUGCAUCGCCUUCGCACCAGCAGGUGACGACGCCGACAACAUCCAAGAUCCGAUCGAUACCCAUACAAAAAAGCUCUGCAUCAACCAAGAGACACGCGAACUUUCUCGACGACAUUCGAACCAGGAAACCCGCUGAUCGCCUAGCCUCACGGACCCAUCUGCUCUUCCGAGAAGUGCCUUGACGAGGCUGCGCCAAUUCGCAGACGUGAUACAAUCAUGGUCGGGCUGUGUCUGAAAUCAUCACCCGCGCGAUGGCUGGCCUUGCUUGUACUGUUCGCUCUUUAUCCUGCCGGCGCGAUGGCACAUGGAGAAUCUCCCCAAGCCAAGGCUGCGACCCCGACUGUGACGGCUGCGCCCAUCUAUCUGCCGUAUUAUGAUGAGCGUUCGUGGUCUCUGGUUCGGGGGAGCAUCAUUUCAACAGAUCCUUCCGCUAGUAGGACCACAUACACCAUCUUCUGCCCGACCCAGACACCUCUAGCAUGCGACUUGUCUCUUGAAUUCCCCUUUGUCAUCGUAGAAGGACCAGACACGCUCGAAUUCCACGGAACCGUGACGUCGACAUACAUUGCCGAUGUGGAAUGCGAUUUGAACGGCACGACGGCAGCAACGUGCUCGGGUUACUCCAGCUAUAAAUCCGGUUACACAAACGGGCAUUACACUGGGCCAACUCAGGUUUCAUGGACGUCUACAUUUACUGGCUCUGAAUUGCAGUGGGGCACCUUGACCUUGACCGACUGCCCAGGGGCAACCGACGGUGCUGCUGAUACUUCCGGGGUCAUAGCGACGCCAACAGCUCCGUCGGGAAUGAUAUAUGAGCCCUCGCCGACGUCGCUGGCAUCGAAUUUGCGCGUACCCGAACUGCGGUCUCUCUGUGGGCUAAUGGCAAGCAUUGUUGCCGUCUGUCUAGCAUUAUAGAGAUGGUUGUUGCGUUGUGAAUGCUCGUCGUCGGGCUUUCAUGAGAAAAUGUCCAGCAAGAAGGACUAUGAGAAGGAACAGGGGGCAAAUGUGAGGAGCAAAUGUGAGGAAAGGCGAUGCCCUCGGAGUGCGUUUUGCUUCUUUGGAGGGAGGGUAAAAAUGCUGGUUUCGGGAAGCGUUAUGAUUGCGUUAUACCCUCUUUGCGUCUUGGUUUUUUUUUCCAGCGAAGCAUAUCACGGAGUUGCACACUUUCAGUUUAAAAGCGCGGAGUUUGGAGGCCAUAUAAUAUAAAUCUGUUUUACUGGGGGCCAUAUACAGAGCAAGAUAGCUCAUGGAUUAAGCAUCAAUAAACGGGCGAUGGAUCUAAUUUAUCUGCUGAAGUCGCUGUGCC